AUGGACCUCACGCUUUUCACAGUCGCUCGAGCACUAGAUUCGCUGGCCUGCAUCUCUUGGAGCUGGGCGCAGCAGAAAUGGAGAGGCGGCCGUCACCGAACUUUGAGGGAUAUAAUCCCUGGACUUGCAGACUCUGCGGUCUUUGCUGCAAGUGCGGCAGUGGUGAUGUGGGCUUGGUUCUACGCCCCGGAAAGAUUACCAAGAUCUUAUGCAAAGUGGAUUGGAGAAGCGGCCAAGGUAGACGAACGCUUGAUUGAGGCUCUUCGCCGCGCACGGAGAGGUAUCUUCGUCUACGGAAAGGACACUGGACAGGCUCCGCUACUCGAGUCAAUGUGCAAAGACUUUGGCUGGCCUACCAAAUGGGGCGACCCGGCCAAAACCAUCCCAAUCCCCUGUGAAAUGGUGCACAUGGGAUGCGGCCCUAGCUGUGAGAAGCACGCUGUCUCUCGGUUCGUCAGGACAUUUAAGUUUGCUUGUGCAACCUACAUUCCACUCCAAAUUGCCUUCCGUUUACGCUCCAUGAAGUCAGCGGCGCCAAUCCGACGGGCUAUAUCCGAUGCUUUGCGGUCCUCCUCGUUUCUUGCCUCAUUCGUCAGUUUAUUCUACUAUUCGGUCUGCCUUAGCCGAACAAGGCUGGGCCCAAGACUCUUUGACAAGACAAAGGUUACACCGCAGAUGUGGGACUCUGGACUCUGCGUCGGGGCUGGAUGCGCAAUGUGUGGUUGGAGUAUUUUGGUCGAGCAUGCAAAAAAGCGACAGGAGAUUGCAUUGUUUGUGGCACCCAGGGCCGCAGCAACUGUGCUACCCAGGGUUUAUGAUCAGAAGUCUGAGAGCAUAGCGACUGGGAGGAGGUUCUUUACGCGCAAUGCCUGUCUUCAUCAAUCAUCAUCGUCAGCACCAUUCAACACGCCACAAUCGCAGAAGCGCAAUGCGUCCACGAUGUACUACACGAUUAGCAUAAUUCUCGGCACCGUCGCCCUCGCCUACGGCUCCGUCCCGUUGUACAAAAUGAUCUGUCAACAAACCGGAUGGAACGGACAGCCCGUUUUAACCCACCGCGCCGGCGGCGACGGCGACACCUCAUCGCGCGUAACACCCGUAACGGACUCGCGCCGCCUACGGAUUACAUUCAACGGCUCGGUAUCUGACGUGCUCCCCUGGAAGUUCACGCCGCAACAGCGCGAAGUCCGCGUGCUGCCCGGCGAGACGGCGCUGGCCUUCUACACAGCUACCAACAAGGGCCCCGCGGAUAUCAUCGGUGUUGCGACGUACAGUGUCACGCCUGGUCAGGUCGCGCCGUACUUUAGCAAGAUCCAGUGCUUUUGCUUCGAGGAACAGAAGCUUAAUGCGGGAGAGAGCGUCGAUAUGCCUGUUUUCUUCUUUAUUGACCCGGAUUUUGUCAAUGACCCUGCUAUGCGCGGGAUUGAUACGAUUACGCUUUCUUAUACUUUCUUCAAAGCGCGAUAUGAUGACAAUGGUGUGCUUAAGCCCAUUGCGGGCAGCUGA